CCUUAGAACUGUACAGAGAAGCUAGGUCCGUAAUUUUCACUGAGUACCUAAAAAAGUGAGUCAGGGCCUGAGAAUUUUAUAAAGAGUUCCCGAUCAUGAAUAUGCGUCCUUACAAGAACUCUUAUUACCUACUUUUUUCAGCUUUAAAAACAAAAAACCUUCCUACUGUUGAAGAUGGUCUGAUUUUAGUAGCCUUUGAAAAAGCCUAGAGUUUUCUGUAAAGUAGUACAUGAUAUAAUGGCUUUCCUAAUUGGAUUACCCUAGAAACCUUUUUUUGUGUCCUUUCACCUGCAUAAUCUGGAAAUCCAUCUGAUUACUAAUUACCUUUAUAUUUUUAAUAACCAUGUUCUUUUUUUCUUUUUUUGAUGUUCUUAUUUUGGUAUACAAGUGGCUGAGCUGCAAUAGGUGAUGGUAAAUUUUGUUUUAAAAAAGAACUCCUUUAUAAUUUUAGGGACUUAACAUCUCCUUUAGGUAUCAGUGGUGUGUCUACCUUUUCUACUGAUAAUUAAGGAGCAAACACAUUGGCAAGGGGAAAUGAUGUAAGAUGUUCAGUUUAAUUAUCACUUUAUUGCCAAAAUUUGAAGUUCAUUCUCAUUUUUUAAGACCAGUGAGCUACCAUUUAUAAAGUUAUUUAUUGUUACAUCAAACCCUAACUUCAUUAUAUUUCAGAAGAUAGUAUAUGCCUCUGUGUAAUAAAGGAAUUUUAUAUUUCAUUUAACCUCUUAGAUGCUUAGCAACUUGGAGAUAGAAUUUACAUACCGUAAACUUCACCUAUUUAAAAUCAUAUGGACUUUUGUGACUGGCUUCUUUCACUCAAUAUCAUGUUUAGGAAAUUAAAGUCUCACUCAAAAGUGACUUCAGUUGUACUAGUUCAGCUGCUGGUAUUUUUAAUUGGUGCUAACACUUGGAAGUCUUAAAGCAGAAUUGGGAUUAGUCGUGAAACUCUUGCAAAGAAAGGUCGAGAUGGAUUGUCCUGAAUAAUUGGUAGACUCUAGGUAGUGUCUGAGACCGCUUUAUUAACGUAUUAGAGCAGAUUGUCUUUUUGUAUGCUUUCAGAGUUUGUCUUGGUUUUGUAAGUAGAAUUCUAGACUCAAAUUUUGAGUUUUGAAGGAAUAAUCAAGUGUGGCUUUUAAAAUUGUGUAGUCUUCAUACAUGUAGAGUGGAGGAGAGUCAUCCUGUGAAAUAGUUUGUCUUCUGAAUCUGGUUAACUUUUUCUCCACUUAAAAUUGUGUUAAGUUUAUUAUUGUGUUUUUUACAGGCUUAAUAUUUUGUUUUGUAUAGGUCUUUUUAGUAUAGACUGAUCCAAAAAUCAAAACUAGUGUGCUUGCUUGUGUUUCUUAGAAAGGGCUAAAGUUUAUAGUGAAGAUAAGUCAGUUACCAUCUUUUUGUUUGUUCCCAAAACAAAGUAUCUUUACUUUGAAGAAAGAAAAGUGCUAAAUAAUAAAAAGCGUUACACCAAGGUCUUUUUACAACACAUUAAAUUGAUUUUGCAAACUACUUACAUGUUUCAUAAGUAACAUUUGAUGUUACAUCCUUUAAUUUUUCUUUUUUCUAUUGAGUCAUCUCUUAUAGGAAUUUUUUUAAGUUGAUGCCAUUUUUUAAAGUCUUCUGGGUUUUUUUUAAGAAAAUGGUAGAGAUCUUCAAAAUGUCGUACCUUUUUCUCAAACUGAUUCAGGGUCUACUUUUUUCAGGACUACUCUGCUUUUUAUCUAAUAGGUGCUAUAGAAAACAUUUCCAAAAAGCCCUCCUUUUUCCUCUGCCUUGGACAUAAUCCUUCCUUAGGAAGCUUGAAAGCUUAAGCCUAUGUUGACUAUGGAAAAGACUUUAACUAUCUGUAUUUCAAGACUCAGGAUAGUUUUCUGUCCUUUAAUUAAGGUUUCUUUAUUUUGUUUGUGGUAUAAUUCAGUAGUUAUACAGGGCCCUUUAAAACCCAGUGACUACCAUUGAAGGAUUAACCAUGCUACAGACCAAGCAUUAUAAACGAGUCUUAAAAGUAACAGUCCGGUGAAGUAUAAGCACCUGUGCUAUCUGUAUUUUACAGUUGAACAGAGAGGUUAAGAAGUUUGCUUACAUCAGCCAUUGAGUGGCAGAAUAGGGAUUCAAAACCAGGGGUUUUUUUAAUGAUUUUUUGUUUGUUUUCUUAAAAAUUCACAUCAAGUAUUCAUGUGCGUAAAAAUCAGUUGUAACGUCUGAUAAAAAAUUCAAAAUCUUCCCACUUUGGUGUCUGUGUCUAGAGUGCCUCCCAGGAUUUUUAAAACCACAAAACAAGUCUCAAAGUUGUUAUUUACAUGCAGAGGUAUUUAAUAACCACAUUUGGAAAAUUUGUCCGUUAGCUUUUUUUUAAAUGUACCAAUUCUAGCAAAAAAAAAAUAAUUUACUUUUUGCAGAUGCUACUUCUCACAGUUGCACUGAUAAUUAGAUGGUGUGAAAUUAAAUAUUAGUGAACACUGUUAUGGAAUACCUUCAAGCGUAAAGGAAUCAAGUGAACAAAUUGUUUUGUUUACAGGGGAGGAGGUGGUGAGGGAAAGGUUUGAAAUACUCAGGUGAGUAGGAUUCCUACAGCUGCUUAGUGAAAUUUGUAGCGUCUGGUAAGUUUCUGCAGCUGAAGGACUUCUGCAUUAGCCUCUUUAAAAUGUACUGGAAUUCUAAAAGGAUGGUUGUCUCUUGGGAAGGGAGCUGGGUGUGGAUGGGUUCUUUUUGGAAGGCUAGGAGGGCUUCUUACUGUACCCUAAAAAAAAUGUGAAUGUGUUGCCUUUUAAAAUUUGUGUUUAAAAGUAAAGCAGUGAGUAAACUCAUCUUUAAUAUACUCCAAACAGGUAGCUUCAAAAAACAGACACUAUUGGAAGGCCUUUUGAGGCCUUUUACCCCGAUUUUAAAACUUACCCUAAUUAAGUCAUUUUAAAACUUGCUUUUGAGAAGUGUUUAAAGUAGAGAUAGGAAUUUUUUCCCCUCCUUCAAAAGCAGUUUGACUGUUCAGAUUUAAAGUGCAUCUAAAAAGUUACGACUUUUGUAAUGCCAUUUUUCUAAUAUUGAAGGAAGUACUCAUUGAACUUUUGACUUAGGCUCUUGCUGUAAGUGGACACUGGUGGUAUGUGCAGCUUUUGAGUAAUUAAGUUUUAAAGAAUUUGCAUAAUGAUUCAAAUGAAUAAUAAAACCUGAAAAGUGAAUGAAAAUUGGAGAAAUGAGGAAAAGGCUAGAGUUGACAAUAAGGUGACAGGAAAUGGAAUUUGAAGACUAAUCUGAAAUUGUGUAAGUUUUCUUAAGAUUGGGCAUUAUAAAAUAUUUGGGCCUUAGAAAUUCAGUACUUUGUGGGUGGUGGGACAGGUUUCACUCACUUUUCCCUUUUUGCCAACCCCAAAAUGGGAAGGUGUUUUGCCUUUGCAUUGUCAACAAGCCAUAUGUUACAUUUCCUGUUGUACACCACUGAGUGGUGUUUCUUCAGUGCCUGUAGCAAGAGUAUAUUUUGAUUGACUGCUUUAUGUGCUUGUUUAUUUUUUAUAGCGUUUAAAUCAAACGUUAUUGAGAUGGAUUGGGUUAUGAAACAUAAUGGUCCAAAUGACGCUAGUGAUGGGACAGUACGACUUCGUGGACUGCCAUUUGGUUGCAGCAAAGAGGAAAUAGUUCAGUUCUUUCAAGGUAUAUUGAGAUCUUCAGAAGUAGCAGGAGUGAAAUCAAAGGAUUUUAUGAUCCACCAAGAAGAUUGCUGGGCCAGCGACCGGGACCAUAUGAUAGACCGAUAGGAGGAAGAGGGGGUUAUUAUGGAGCUGGGCGUGGAAGUAUGUAUGACAGAAUGCGACGAGGAGGUGAUGGAUAUGAUGGUGGUUAUGGAGGUUUUGAUGACUAUGGUGGCUAUAAUAAUUAUGGCUAUGGAAAUGAUGGCUUCGAUGACAGAAUGAGAGAUGGAAGAGGUAUGGGAGGACACGGCUAUGGUGGAGCUGGUGAUGCAAGUUCGGGAUUUCAUGGUGGUCAUUUUGUACAUAUGAGAGGAUUACCUUUUCGUGCAACUGAAAAUGACAUUGCUAAUUUCUUCUCACCACUAAAUCCAAUACGAGUGCAUAUUGAUAUUGGAGCUGAUGGCAGAGCAACAGGAGAAGCAGAUGUAGAAUUUGUGACACAUGAAGAUGCCGUAGCUGCCAUGUCUAAAGAUAAGAAUAACAUGCAACAUCGGUACAUUGAACUCUUCUUGAAUUCUACUCCUGGAGGCGGUUCUGGAAUGGGAGGUUCUGGAAUGGGAGGCUAUGGCAGAGAUGGAAUGGAUAAUCAGGGAGGUUAUGGAUCUGUUGGAAGAAUGGGAAUGGGUAACAAUUACAGUGGAGGAUAUGGUACUCCUGAUGGCUUGGGUGGUUAUGGCCGUGGCGGUGGAGGCAGUGGAGGUUACUAUGGGCAAGGUGGCAUGAGUGGAGGUGGAUGGCGUGGGAUGUAUUAAAGUAUAACCACCAACAUCAAAGUCCUGACAACAGUGUCUGGUCUACUAGACUUUCUUACAGAUUUAAUUUCUUUUGUAUUUUAAGAACUUUAUAAUGACUGAAGGAAUGUGUUUUCAAAAUAUUAUUUGGUAAAGCAACAGAUUGUGAUGGGAAAAUCUGUUUUCUGUAGGUUUUAUUUGUUGCAUACUUUGACUUAAAAAUAAAUUUUUAUAUUCAAACCAC